UAAAAAAAUCAUCGAAAAAUAUCCUCUAACAUUUAAGGAUACGGAUGAAGAUGGUAAAUGUUUCGGAGAUGGAAUUUACACAUUAUAUUUAAAACUUCGUGAUAGAAAUUGCUAUCUUAAUAGGCCACAUAUGAAAAGGUCUUUAAAUCGAAGUUUAAAUAUACCGUUGAAAAAACAACGAAAAAUUUUAUCUGCCAAAGCUGGGUGCAGUAAUUGGCAGCCUGACAAUUAUGUUGAAUCAGAAACAGAUAAUACAAUAGAAGCCAAAACUGAAUUUCUACGACAAAUAGUCCUGCAAGAUGCUCUAGAAAACGAUCCUGAUACUACAAAAAAAAUUUAUUCUUACCUUCAAGUAACGUACCCUGCACAAAGAUUAUUUCUCAAUAAUGUCCACAAACCACCUACGAUUUAAGACAUUAAAAAUUCAUGGCCAAUACUUUUACGAAAAAAGUAUAUGUUCUGGCAUUACCAUGAGCUAAUGGGACACUCUAUAAAUAUAUUGAAAGAACAAAUGUUAAAGAAGCAGGAAAAAAUACUCAUCUACGGACGUCUUAAAAAGUAUAAUGAAAUUAUUGAUUCAACUGAACUAAAAGAACUUCUAUUAAUGAAAAUAGUUAUGCAACACUUUAAAGAAGACUUCCACACAUUAUUUAAAAUAUAUCCUGAAGGAACAACUAUGAGAGAAAUUGAAGCACCUAUUGCUUCUCCAUGUAUUGUAAUCAUAGAUGAUUUGGAACGCUGCAUGUUUUAUUUAUUUAUAGAAACAAUUCAGAUUAAAAGAACAUAUUGUUUUUAUGAAGCUCUAGAAAUGUUAAUGUCUGCCUAUUAUGUUUUCAACAUAGAAUAUCCUACAAACUGUGCAUGUACUUUGGAAUUUAUCCAGAAAUAUUUUUUAAAUAUUCAUCCUACUUCUGGUACAAAAUCACGUAAGAUCGCAACUAAAUACAAAGUCCUCUCACUAUUUAACAAAUUAAGAGACGUUGAAGAGAGAGAUGUAGAUAAAGAAAAUAUUUCAUCAAAUUCGUAAGUGUGGUAACUAAUAUUUGUCUUCUAUUGUAUCGUCUUUUUUCUGAUUCAACAUAAAUUUUGAUAUAGUUCUUUAAAAAUCUGAAAACAUUACAAUAUCUUAAAAACGUUCAACUAUAGCGAUAAGUAUGCAAUAAUGUUAAAGUUAAAAUUAAAAAGAAAUUUUUUCUAAUUGUGAUAUUAGCGAUAAUAACUUUAUUUUAACUGGAGAAAUUCAAUUUGAUCUUCAUGUGAUUCUAAGACCUUAUAAAUAUAUACAUAUAUACAGGGUGAUUCAAAACAAACUGUUGUCCUUAAAGGGUCGUAUAACUGAAUUAAUUUCGAGACAACUUUUUCUCUUGCAAAAUUUCAUCCGAUAUUUAGUUUCUGAAUUAUUUAAAGAAAUAUGUAUCCUAUUGCGGUUCGGAUAUAAGAGUUGCGCCGCUCUUGUUUACCUCUU